GCAUAGAGUCUCAUAGAGUAACUCGAUGAUACCCAGUUUGAAAUCAGUCCCGCUGUGAUAUUUCUACUGAACGGUAAGUGUACAGCACGUACGCUGCGGGUAACGAAUUGCUUGUUUGAUAUUAGAAAAACGAAAAAUGCUUUAAAACUUUUCUUCUACGACUAAUAAAUUUUUCCGAAAAAAUUUAUCAUUUGAAAAUUAUUUAUGUGAUUUUUAUGUCCCCAAAACAAUUUGUGAAAUUUGGACAGUUUUGAAGUGUGCGCGAUAAAAAUAUUUUGUGUUAUUAAAAUUUAAGUGUGAUAUUUUUUUGUGAUUUUGUGUUUUUUUUUUUAAAUAAAAUAAAUUUUGGACAUGUGAAAAUUUGUUUGGAGAAAAAUUUCAACGAAAUAUAAUUUAAAAAAUCCACAAUGAUGAAUGCUUUUAUGGACUCAAGUCAUCAUGCUCAUUUGGCAUCAUUUGGAUUAAAAAUGAGUCCAAACAGUGGCCAUGGUACUGAUACAACAUCCCAUCAUCAUUCGCACUUGACAUCAUUUGGAUUAAAAAUGAGUCCAAAUGGUGGAACUGCUGGAACAGUGUCAUCACCUCACCAAGGCACAACAGCAGCUUCAGCGAUGGGAGUUACAGCAGGCCCAACAGGCGCGAGUGCCACGGGAACUACAACCAGUGAUGUUUGUGGGACGACAGGGCAACAUUUCCAAUCUAAUUAUGGCCAUCAUCCACAUAUGGGUCAUUUAGGACAUGGUGCAUCAUAUGCCGCCAGAGAUUUUUUGUUACGUCGAGAUCAUCAUGAGUUUCCGACGGCACAGACAGCUGACCCUGUGUUAUUUGGUACAGCUUUACAUCACCAUGAAACAAAUUAUCAUCACCAAAGUGCUUUAACUAAUCAUCACCAAAGUGGACUCCAUCACCCGGGUAUGCGGCUAGGAAUGGAUGCAUAUUCACGCGGAGUUGCGGAACAUGCGGCAGCCGCCGCGUACCAUGCACAACCAACGCCGCAUCAUGCAGCAUUCCCUACAAUGCCACAUCACCCAUCAAUGAUGCCCCACCAUCCUAGUGCCCAUUCACAUGGAGCAUUCUUUAGGUAUAUGCGACAACCAGUGAAACAAGAAAUGCAAUGUUUGUGGAUUGAUCCAGAACAACCACCCCCGCGUAAAAUUUGUGGGAAAAACUUCACAACAAUGCAUGAAAUAGUGACUCAUUUAACGGUAGAACAUGUUGGAGGGCCUGAGUGUACAACACACGCAUGUUUUUGGCAAUCGUGUCCACGAAAUGGGCGACCAUUUAAAGCUAAAUAUAAAUUGGUGAAUCAUAUCAGAGUACAUACUGGUGAAAAACCAUUUCCAUGUCCGUUCCCUGGUUGUGGUAAAGUGUUUGCAAGAUCGGAAAAUUUGAAGAUACAUAAACGAACGCAUACCGGCGAGAAACCAUUCAAAUGUGAAUAUGACGGUUGUGAUCGACGUUUUGCCAAUAGUUCCGAUCGUAAAAAACAUUCACAUGUUCAUACAUCAGACAAACCAUACAAUUGUCGUGUUAACGGAUGUGACAAAAGUUAUACGCAUCCAAGUAGUUUACGUAAGCAUAUGAAAGUACACGGGUGUGGUACAGGAACCACCGGAACGAAUGGCACCACAAAUGGUAGUGGCACAACAAUAACUAGUGAGAAUAAUAAUAAAUCACCUACUGCACUCUCAAAUCAUCCGUACGAUAGUGAUGGUGAUGAAUCGAAUAGUUCGAGUGGUACAGGAAGUAUCAGUGUGGCAACAAAUGGUGAUACAACAUCACCGAAUUCAACGACAACACCAACACUUAGCCAACAACAGCAACAAGUGAUGACCAAUGGACAUAAUUUAAAUCAAAUACCAAAUUACUUAAAUAAUAACAAUUUAGUGACGUCAUCGUUAGGUACAACAACGAAUUUAAGUGAUUGGUAUAAUAAUGGUGGGGGUGGUGGUGCAGGUAUGCCUACACCGCCACCUUUAUCAAAUGAACCACCACAACAUCAUCAACCAACGCAUCCGCAUCAUCAUCAACCAACGCAUCCGCAUCAUCAGUCACAUCCGCAACAUCAUUCCCCUCCAGCGCCUGCCGCUCCUACAACUAUGAUGAAUCAUCAUCAUUUAAAUUCACAUUAUCAUCAUUUUAAUCCGCAUCAUCACCAUCAUCAUUUAAUGCAUCAUCAUCAUCAUACAGGAGCGGCAACAGCAUACUGAGAUCUGCCCCCCGCACCGCAAUCACCCCAAACAUCGGCAACAGCUCCACAAACAUUGUUAACAAAUCAUCAUCAUUCGUCACAUCAUUGGCGAAUUUAAUAAAGUGCUGUGAAAUUCUUUUAGGCCAUUUUUUUAAAGUUUAAUUUUCAUCUGAAGACAAUCUGAGGUUUUUUCGAUUUGAAAAUUUGGUUAAUCGUUUUUAUUUUUUCAAUUGUAAUAACAGAUUUUUUAAAUAUUUUCAAAAUUCGACUUUUGCAGAUUCCUCAAUAAAAUUAAAGAUAAUCUACUUAAAUCAGAAUAGUUAAAGCUCAGUACUGAAAAAAUUACAUAAAAAUUUGAUUUUUAAACAAAAAUUUCCACACCACCGAUCCAUAAAAAAUAUUCCAAAAAACUUUUACGCGGGGACAAAUCACUUUUAUUGACAAUAUUUAAAUGAAAAAUUUAAAGAAACUUUCUGCAAAAAACACGGUAUACGGUAUCCUAUACUAUUUCCUUUAAAAUAUUAUUAAAACCAUUUUUGAGAUUCCAAAAGACUUUAAACUUAGGUCUAUUGAGUUUAUUUUAUAUUUAAGGAUGUACGAGCGCCAGGGCAAGUUUGAAUAAAAGGCUUGACUUUUUUUAAAUAUCAAGUUGGACUAAGUUUAAAAAUUGUAUUCCUAUUUUUCAUCUACAUUCAUGAAGCUAUAAUAAAAUUCAUCAUCAUAGUUGAAAAUAAUUUGCAAAUAAUUUCAACCACAAGUCAAAACUUGCCUUGGCCCUUGUACUACCUUAUGCCGACUUUAGGUGCAUUUAGCCUUUACUAUUGAUAUUCACGAAGAGAGAAUUACAGAUUACAGGUCUGCAUGGACAAAACGGAUAUCAUAAGUCUCUUGCUUGGGUCCUACACCAUGAAAAUGAAUUUUGAAUCUGCAAAAGUCAAAUUUCUUAAAUGUAUAAUUUACAAAAUAUUAAAAAAAUUUAGUAAAAGUAUGAUUACAUUUUAUUUCACCAAAAACAAUAGAUAUUUUGAACACUAUUUUCGCGGGGCGGGGA